AUACAUAUCAAUCCGUUGUAAUCUAGUUGGUCCGGAUUUCCGGCUAAGUGAUGAAUACAUGGAAAAGAACCCUAAAGAACAACGAGGAUCGAACACCAUCUUCCUUUCCUUAUCAUCAAAAAAAUGAAACUAUACACUUGCAGAGGUUGCAAUUUGCCAAAUUAUCAAUCACCUAUCAUGAGUAGCAGCAGUUCUAUCCUCGCUAGUUCCUUCACUAACAAACAUCAAUUCAUCACCAUCUCUAAUCACUUCAAUAUCAUCAACCUCAACCCUAUCCACAGUCACAACCUUGCCAACCCUGAUCCCGUAUUUCUUCUCCCCCAAGUCAAGCAACUCCUGAAACGUCUUAGGAAGCACCACAAGCUUCCUCGUAUCGCUUCCCUUCUCCGGGCAGCUUAUCGUCACUCUAGCCACACUCUUCCCAUGGCUCGGAUUGUUGCUGCCAACAGGAAACAAGGCCUCUUUGCUGUGAUUACUCUCCCCGUUCUGCGCAGCAGCCGACAUCAUCCCGAACAGCGAGUUGUGGAAGUUGUUCGUCUUCCUCCUCGGCCUCCUCCUCGAGCUCCACGAGCUAUCCUCUUCACUCGCAGCCACGGGGUGGAUCGUCGGCUCGCUCGUGAACCUCCCUAGACCGCCACGUGGAGCGCUGUGCUGCCGUUGCUGGUCUUGGCCGCUGUGAUG